GGAACCUUUAUUACAAAUGCAGACGAAAUUUGGAAAGAGUGUGUUAAAGAAAUGAUAGAAUUUUGUAAAGAAAAUGAAUUACUUCAAUUAUGGGUUUACUUGUGGAGAGAAUGGUAUUCAAAAGAAAAGUGGAAUUUAUGGGCAAGAGCGGCUAAUAAAAACAUUAGCCAUAUUAAAACUACAAUGAUUGUUGAGUCACAUUGGCGACAUAUUAAACAUGAUCACUUAUACAAAUUUCACAAGCCCAGAGUUGAUCAUUUAUGUUUUAUUCUUGUUAAAAAAGUAAUCAGCCAACAAUUAUAUCGAAUUCAAUUACUUCAACAAGGUCGCUAUUCAGUACCAUGGCGGAAAGAGUUUAAAAAAGAAUGGAAGCAACAUGAAAAA